CGCUGCGCGCAAUUCCGGUCCACGAACUCACAGUCCCUUCUUUACAGGCUGGCGCGAUAAUGUCGUCUCACUUUCAACAGCAUCAGCCUGGCCUAGAGACGUCCAGUCUCGGACUAAUUUGGCCGGACACGCGCCAGCAGAUCACGGCGAACACGUUCGACAUGCCUUCCGACCUGCAAGCGCUCAACACGGCAAACGUCCUGGCCAACCAAAGCAGCUCUGGCGCGGAAGCACGCGAUUUUGCCGAAGCUCCGUAUCAAUUGCGGAAAAGGCGACCGACCUUGUCAUUAGAUUCUGGCGCGACGAGACCGCAUGCGUCCGACACUGCUAUUUCUGGACCCCAUGACGUGCAACGAUCCUCUUCGUCCAGUCGUCUGGCCCCUCGAGCCGCAUUUAGACAAGGCAAGAAACGCAACAAGAUGUCUCAAUGGCAGCUAGAGGUCCUCGAAGAAUUCUUCGAUCACAACGCCAAUCCGAUCGGCCAGACACGAGCUGACCUGGCCAAGAGAAUCAAUUGCUCGGAUAGAAGCGUACAAAUCUGGUUUCAGAAUCGGCGCGCUCGCGCAAACCCUCCUUACAAAUUGCAAUUUCAUUUCAAAUACUCUAUGGAAAAACUACAUCGACGUAUUCGAUGCAUUCUCGACGCUCGCAGCCGUCAAAAACGAAAGGCAUCAGGCGGGGCGCCGGGCCCCAACGUCCCUCAGACUGGACGCUUCAAGAGCGAGACCUCGUCUCUUCCGCCGCCCACUCCAGCCAGUCUGAGGCACAGUCUCGGUGGCUCCACGUCCGCGAGCGCCUACACAUCCCCUUCCACGACUCAGCUUGGACUCGCGGGAGGCGUAGAUUGGGAGAGCUCGGCUGGGUCUUUGUUCUCCGGCUUGGAACCGAGCAUCAAGUUUCCGGUAACUUCUUUGACAGUGGGCACUUGGCGUCGAGUCCAACCUGGUUUGACUUGCUUUUUCUCGCGAGCAAACAAGCGUUUCGAAUGGCGUCUGAUCAAUGAUAGCAUCGGGUUCAAGCUCGAACUGCCUUGGAAGAUUGUCAAAAGCAUUUCGCUGGAAGGGCCUUUCGACUCGGCGGGCGCCGCGCAAGGAAGGAUCUCCAUUCAGCUUCAUCGAGCUCCACUCUUCUACCUCGAAGUCUUUCGCAGCAAUGAAAGAGAUGGGUCAGAGAGCACGACAAAGUCCUGGCGUCAAAACGACGAUUUCACUCAGGAGCGACAGGCCAGCGAAGUGUUGCUCCACGAACUAGAGGGUCCUUACGAGCAACUACGAGUUGCCGUGCAUCAUCUCAUGACGCUCGAGCCCGGUCUGCGCCUGCUCAUGCGCUCCAGUGGUAUCAACGCUGCACAGAUGUUCAUGUCCCCGAGUCCAACUACUGGAACGAGUUCUGCUUUUGCUACAGGAACACCGUGGUCGACUGCGCUGCAAGCCUACCAAGACCCGAACGGGCAUGCUGGCAACACGUUGGAGCUUUUCGACGCCACCGUCGAUCGGGCGCAUCCACACGGCUCGGGGAGGAUGCAGUUCCAGCCUGGUCACGACAUGAGUGAUCUUUACAGGUCGACAUCCUUCCCUUCGCCAGGCUUUGACGCUCUUCCCGGCGGGUUUCCCAAGCCAAGUCCAAAUGGGUCGGCGGACAGCAUACCAUGGCCCCAAUCGUCGCCAAGCUUGCUUGAUUCCGCGUACGAUCCGGCACUGGGCUUUGCAUCUACGCCGCUGAGCUCCCCUGCCUCGACCAAUCUAGCCUCCUUGACUGCAAGUCCGAUCACCAACACGUCGCUUGGUCUGGGCGCCUUGCGCGUUCACGACCGCGAUGCUUACAACGAAUUUGCGAAUGGCCACAUUCCAGCGCCUUCCAGCAUUCCGACGUCGGCGCCACCCAGCAUGACAUCCUGGCCAGCUUUGGAUUGGUCGAGGCCUAGCCAGGCCUUCACCCGUGCAUAUGGAAGCAUCGGAAGUGAUAAUCGAUUUGUUGCUCAGCCGACACAGCCGACACAGCCGGCACAGCCUCCAAAUUCCUAUGUCAAAGUGCUCGAGCACGGAACGAUGUCGGCUCCUCCCCACGGUCGAAUGGCUCCCUUGCCUUCCAUCAGCGAUGCUGCCCAAGAACGUGGCUCUGAAUCAGGCUCUACACUGAGCGUAGGAAUGGGCGUCAGCGCCAUGUCCAGUUCCUCCACUCAUGGCUCCCAGCCCACGUCCAUGCAGCACACUGAAGAUUCGCCUCUGAGCGACCCUCCCAGCGGUUCUGCGGCUUGAACAUCUCUGCAUUCUCGUGUGCUCUUCCUAAUACAGCUAAAGAUCUCUUCUCCGCGCCCCUACUGUAGUGUAGUCCGUCUCGCAUUCCCUAAGCAAAGUGGUAAUCUCGUCCUUAAUCCUGUCGCCAAAAGCUUCAUCGCUCUCUGAGAUGAGCAUGCACCAUCUUUUUCU